AUGGGUUUCAGUACAGUUAGAGAAAUAGUUAAAGAAGUUUGUGAGGCAAUAUGGGAUAAUUUAGGGCCACUUGUUAUGCCAGAACCCACAGAGGAAAUGUGGAAAAAAGUUGUAGAAAGAUAUAAAACCAUGUGGCAUUUUCCAAACUGUAUAAGGGCUAUAGACGGUAAGCACAUCAAUAUACAAUGCCCUAUUAAUGCCGGAUCUACGUAUUACAAUUACAAGGGAAGUUACUCUAUUGUUCUAUUAGCGAUAGUAGAUGCAGACUACAAGUUCAUUACAAUUGAUGUCGGAUCGUACGGAAGGAACAGUGACGGAGGAAUUUUUUCUAACUCAAUUAUUGGUAAAAAGUUGCACAACAAUACACUCAAUAUACCGAAACCUAAUCCUUUAUUAGAAAAUGGAGAUCCGUUACCAUAUGUCUUUGUCGGAGGUGAGGCCUGUGAGUUUUGCUGGGCGCCGCGGGGCUGA